UCAGUUUGGACUAAACAUUUUAUAAAUUUGCAUGUUUUUUGUGAAAAAUUAACAAUAUUUUGGAAAAGGAAAUGGAAUUCGAUAGCCCAGAUGUUGAAAAAGAUUUUCCUGGACUCUAUGCUUCGGAAACAGGAGCUGGCAAAAAGAAAGAGGAAAGCGAUUUCAGCGAAGGAGACCAUGAUAAGUUAAGUAAAAAAGAUCUCCUAAUUGGGCGUCGAAAGGACAAAAAAGAUAAAAAAGAUCGCGGCUAUGCUGCUCUUGAGGGUGAGAGUUCCCCCGAGGACGACUUGGAUGCUAAGAGUCCAUCGAAAUCUUCAAAGAAAUCCAAGGCCUUUAAGUUUUCAUCUUCGAAGAGCAAAGAAAAACGCGAAAAAUCACGGGACAAAGAAAAGGUUGAAAAAGAUGUUAAAGACAAAGAUGAGAAAGAAAAGGAUAAAGACUCCAAGGAGCCCAAGGACAAAAAACGUGAUAAAGAUAAAAAGGAGAAAGACAAGAAAGAUAAAUCAAAAGAUAAGGAGAAGAAGGACAAAAAGUCCAAGGCCGCAGUGAGUGAAGAGGUCCUGGAGCUUGGCGAUGUUCAGCCAGUUUUUAGUGUAUCAGUUAGUUUGGCCACUGAACGAAGUCGAUGUCAUGAUGGAAUUGAUUUGCCCCUUGUGGUUCGAGAUUGCAUCGACUAUCUGCAAGAGCACGGUUUGCGAAGUGACCAAAUUUACAAAGUAGAACCGGUCAAAACGAGACUUCAACAUUUCAAACGACUCUACAAUAAUCGAGAAUCUCAAGGAACUGAUGAUAUGGAUGUUCCUACAGCAUGUGGAUUGUUGAAACUGUUUUUAAAGGAAUUGCCUGAACCCAUCUUGACUACAGACUUAAUAGCACGUUUCGAAGAAGUUUCCUCGCAUCCGCAAGUCACCCAGCAAGAGAAAGAACUCAAGACACUUUUGUAUCAGCUUCCUAAUUGCAAUAAGACUUUAUUGUCUUGGAUUCUCUUGCAUUUUGAUUCAGUUAUACAAAAUGAGAAACAAAACAAGAUGAAUGCGCAAAGUCUGGCCAUGCUGCUCAGUCCACCUUUGCAAAUGUCACAUCGUUUAUUGGUUACUUUGCUGUGUCAUUGCCCAAAUUUGUUUGCUGGAGUUGAACUAAAAAAAUAUAUCCCACCGAUUACAUCGACAAGUCCCAAACUACCAGAGACGCCAAAUGACAUUCAAGCUGAACUAUCUAAACAAGAGAGUCUUCUCGCACAAAUUCAUUCCGAAAUGAAUGCUGGGUUUGUCUCUAAGAAACGCGAAGAACAACUCUGGGAAGUACAACGUAUCAUCACACAACUCAAAAGGAAACUAAGAGUCUUUGAGAAACGUUUGGAAAAAAGCAUAGAAGAUCCAGCUGCGGAAAUAGCAGAAUCAUGCACUUCCACUAUUAUUCAAGCUCAUGCACAAAAUCGAGAGCAAAUUUCUUGUGCCGCCACCACAACCGCCGCAACUAAGGCAACUUCAGAUGACGAAUCAAUGAAAACAUUAACCAUUCCCUCAACAGAAUCCGGAACAAACACUGAUACAAAAAAUACUCCACAAGACACAACCGACUAUCCGUCUAUAAUUCCUGAAGAACAACCUCCCAUUAAAGAGAUCACUGCCGCCGACGAAGGCAUGUACCUUCACGAGAACGGCAUGCUUAUGCUACCCAAAACUCAUCCAGACUAUCACACCUUGAUACGUUUACAACUGGAAAAUCAAGAACUAAUGAAUUGGAAGAAUCAGUUGCAAGCAAGAAUCAGUGCUGAAAGGGCAGAAAUCUUACGCUUAAAGAAAUUCCUUGUCGUCUCGAAUACAGAUCAACCGAAAAAGUGCUGCGUGAAUGACGAAGUUGGUGACUAUGAUAAGAUAAUUGAAAAUUAUAUGAAAGAAAAUAAUUUGCUUGAACAAAAGAAGAAUAUUUUGGCAAAGCAGAUUUUUGAAGAAAACAAAGAAUUGAUUGCAUUGCAAGUGGAAUACGCAAUGCAGAAAUUUUAGUAUUAACAUGAAUGCAAACGAAUUUAUUUAUUAUUUUAAAUAUUACAUGAAUGCAUGUAUAUGGUUGAAAUGGAAUUAAAUUCCUAUAUUAAACUAUUUAUGAAAGCUUAUUGAAAUAACGUUACUUACCUUUACACAAAUUAAGUGUUAAAAUAAAAUUAAUUUAUAACUAAA